AUGGUGCAUACUAGGCGUUUUAGCAGAACAUCCAGAAGUGGUACAUGGAUUUCUUUAGGAGCUAAUAAUCUAGUGCGACUUUUGGACAUAAAAUGCGAAAAUAUUGACAUCAUUGGCUCUUUGAAUACGUGCAUGGUGGCAUACAAUAAAUGUGGAGGCCUUAUUGCUAUCUUUCAUAAGGAUAUAUCAAUACCAAAGGAAAGAAAAAUUUAUCUCUACAAUAGUAUGCUACGCCUUCACCCUAUUUCACCUUCUAUUACAGUGACACACGAUGUUGUGUUUAUGUGCUGGAAUGACUCUAGUAGUCAUCUAAUAGUUAUCAUGAAUAACAAAUCCAUACAUUUUUUUGAUUACCAAGGAGGGAUCGCGUCACCAGCUAUUUUUAUCGAGACGUUACCACAAUUAUUUGCUUCAACGGAAUCUGGACUUGUUGGCCUUACAUAUUUUAUAGAGGAUUACCGAGUUAGCUUGUUGUUCCUUCUUUAUUCUGAACGUGAUGGUUAUGUACUAAAAACAGUGGAUUUACCUCUGGGUGUUCAAAGGAUUCUUUCAGCAUCUGCAAUGCUUGUUGUUCCGUCCCAACAAAGUGAUACAGGAUUUCCGGAGGUUUAUUUGCCAGCAAUGUCUACACCUUCUUUCUCAGAUGUUUACCAUUGUGUACUUGGUCCAGUGCCGAAGUGUAGCAGCUUGAAUAUAUCCUUUUCAGGAGGGAGUAUUAGACAGUUUGCUCUUUCUCCUGACGGAAAUUGCGUAUCGCUCCUACUAGAGGAUGGAUCAAUUUAUUAUACCAACAGGAGCUUUGAGGAUACCAUUAAAAUAGGGUGUAUUGAGAACAAUUGUAUGUCUCAGUUGUCGUGGUGUGGCAAUGGAUGUGUCGCAUGCUUAACUGUAGGUAGUGCUGGAGAUAAUGGCAUGGAGGCAUCCGCAACUUUAUUUCUCAUAAAUCCUGACGAUUCUGAGGUGUCAGACUGCAUUUACGACUUACCGCCUGAUACUCUUCUCCUACAAGAGUGCGAUGGCCUUCGCUUAGUUGGUACUGCGCUUUAUCAAUUUUUACAGGUAGUAUCUUCUGAGGUGCGCCAAGUUUUUUCAGUAGGUUCACGUGCCUACGGCGCGGUUUUACUAUCUACAUACGACGAAUAUGUUUCCGGAAAUGCAGUGGCUGUUACCAUGAUCCAAGAACUUCAGCAAAAUGUGGAUGGACUAGUCGAAGCAAUCAAUGAUUGUGUUGCCGCAUCGAAUCAUGAAUUAGACGUUUCUCAGCAAAAACGUUUGCUUCGUAUCGCAGCUUUCGGUAAAUCGUUUUGUCCCGUUUAUGGUUCCGAUUUUUUCGUGAGCACAGCACAAAAGCUUAGGGUUAGAAAUACUCUAAGAAAUUGUUCAUUGGGAAUGCUCUUGACACAUGAGCAACUCUGUUCUCUCGGUGAAGAAAGGCUUAUAGGUAGACUUGUUUGUUGUAAUGAAUUCCAAGUAGCUUACUCGAUUUGUGACACCUUGGGUAUCCAGUGCGAUGACGUUCUAAUUAAAUGGGCCCUGGCUAAGCUCACGAGGAGUAAAAAAACUUUAACUGAAGAAAAGGAAGUUGCCCAUUUAAUUGUUCAGAAACUGAAGAAAUUCAAUCGACCCUUGUUUUCUGAGUUGGCGAGACUUGUAAAUAUGCACGGUAAUAGGGUUGCGGCUCUUGUCUUUCUGAGGGCUGAAGCAAAUCCUUCGCGGAGGGUGCUGAUGUUUCUUAGUAUUGGCGAAUCAGAAUUAGCAUUAGAGAGCGCUAUAGCUACAAGCGACACCGAUCUGAUCUUCACAGUAGUGUCGCAUUUGAUUGAAAGUAGAGGUGCCCAAUCUCUACCACUUCUAGAAACUUACGAGGAAUCUAGAGCUUUACUUUUCCAAUACGCAUUUGCUAGUGAAGUUAACCGCCAAGCUAUGGAUGCGUUCUUCCAAAGGAAUCCUCGAUACCAGACUAUCAUCGGUUUGCAUAGAUAUUUCCAAGAAGAAAACCGAUUAAGAUCCUCACUUGGAAAUUCGCGACUCCGUGCUGAGGUUCAAUGGGAAAUGCUUCAAGAAUGUAAGAGUACAGCUAUCCAACAAACCAUCGUUCUUGCAUCAAAAGAAGCUAAUCAACCUGCUCCUGCCAACACUCACGGCUUGAAUAAGCUAUUUUCACCACUCUUGAGUUCGGGUGAAGUUACUUCUCCUUCAGACUCUGGUGUGAGGUCUCUCCGUACUCAUUUAUUGGUUAUCGAAGAGCAAACUUCUCUCAUGAAGGAGUUUAAUGAUGAUCGCUUCCUGACUGCUAGUAUAGUUGAUAUGAUUUGUUUAGUUCUUGAGCACGGACGGCAAUCAAUUGCAGAUAGGUUAAAGAUCAAAUUUAACGUCUCUGAUAAGGCGUUUCAGUGGUGUAUGCUGAAUGCUUUUUCAAGAGCAGGGCAAUGGUCAUUGAUUGACGAACUUGGAAGUAGGCCUCAAACUCAGCAUUUGAUUAGUGCGGAGCACUUUGUGAAUGUUUUAUUAUCCUAUAACCGUCCACAACAAGCGAAACAGUACAUUCCUCGCGUACCACUAAUCGAGCGAAGGAUGGAGUAUUAUGUCCUUUGUGAGGACUGGUUAGCUGCAGCCACUGAUUGUCACCACAACGGCGAUACUAAUCUGCUGUCUCAGCUUAAGGAACGUGCCAAAGGAAAUCAGAAGAUAUUGGAGCAAAUUGAUCAAGGGUGGAACCAGCAACAAAGAUCAUCGGGCCUUAAUCUUAGUAGGCUUUUCAUUUGA